CACGCACUUUGUAAGUGUUAUGUUUAUCAGCAAACAUGCAAAUAACGUUUUACUUACGUGUGCAUUUAUUGUAAUAUUUAUGUGCGAUAUCGUAGCAGUAUCAAAUCGCCAAAAACAAAAUUUCUGAACAUUGAAACGCGCGUACUAUGCGUAACCCACAAUAUGUGGCAAUUGAAUCCAUUUGCAGCGGAACAACGUCAAUUAUAUUAUAUAUUUGACAUCAUUUUUUUUUUUCACAUGUUUUUGUCGUGUAUUAAGUGUCAACCGAUCAUCAUAGCAAAUCGAUCCGAUUUAACACGGUUAAGUGAACAAUCACUAUUAUUGCUGUAAUAAAUUGCAGAUUUAUGGAUGGACGAUUUAGAAGUCUAUUUUUGGACAUGCUAUUAUUCUCGGCAUCUCUAUUUGUAUUUAUGUAUCUUCUUUUAUAGCCAUUCAAAAACAAAUAGCUGCAAUCGUUCCCUCAACAUUAUCAAGCUUUUGUUAACAUUUUUUAUUAGAAUAUUUUUUUUAUUUUCUAUUUUUUUGUUUUUAGGAUAGAUUGUUUCAUCAUUGUGUAAGAUUUGCGAUUUUUCGCAAUUAAUGAAUGAGUGAACGAGAAUACACAAGGCUUUCAUUGAUAUAGAUCACUGAACCAAAAAAAAUUUCAAACGUAAAUUUUUUUCAAAGCGCUCAUAGAGAGAGAUACGCGUCACAAUUUCUUUAUAUAAAGAGUGUCAUUCAUAACAACGAUAUAUGUGAUAGCCUCCUAUGUCAGUUCCAAUCCGAUUUCUGCAUUAUCACAAUAAUUAUCAUUAUUUUGCUUUUAAUGCGAUGAUGGUUUUCUUAUUUAAAAAAUUAACUUCGAUUUUAAUUUCAUGCUAUAUUGGCCAAGAGCUGUACAAGAAAUUUGUAAAAAUUUUAAAAGAUGUCUUUUUAUUCUCUACGCAUAAUAUAUAUAUGCAUAUAAUAAAUAUAAGCUGCAUUUAUACAUAAAACUAAUUUAUUCUGUAUGUCAGAUAAAAUUAAUAACAAUUUUGUAAUAAGUCAUUCAUCUUAUUUGCGUCUGCGAUAAAAUAUAUGUACAAUAGCUCUAGGAUUUGUGGCAUAAAGAGAGAUGGGGUAGGGAAAAGGGGAAUAAUGUGUGUAUAUACGAUAUAGCAGCAAUGAUUUGACAUUUGUGCAUAUGACCACCAGUCAGACGAUAAGGGGAUCAAGGGUGAACUUAUCAAAGUCUUCGACUUUAUAAGUCACUUGUACGCAGGAUAGAACAGGCGGCAGUUGCAUUUUCAUUAGUAACCGAUCAACAGCUACAGGAUGUCCGCUACGGUAACUCAACAAAACCGUGACCAUGCCAUGUUGCUGGAUCCAUCGGAACAAUUGCGGCCCGAGCCGAUAUACGCUGGAAAAUUGCAGAGAGAAUUUCGCAAUUACGAGGAAGAUAAUGAAGAUUCUAUCAAGGAACGCGUUCGCAAAACUUACAAGCUGAUGCACUCCAAUCAAACCGUUGAGUUCGUGAAAUCUCGCAUGAAAGAUUGGCUGCAAUUUAAUAAAUUCAAGAUGACGAUAAAGGACGCUUUGCUCAAACUGAACGACCUCGUUGAUGAAAGCGAUCCAGACACUAAUCUGCCUAAUAUCGUUCACGCGUUUCAAACUGCAGAGUCUAUCAGGAAGACGCAUCCAGAUCUAGAUUGGUUUCAUCUCACCGGCUUAAUUCACGAUCUUGGAAAAGUGAUGGCGUUUUACGGAGAACCCCAAUGGGCUGUAGUGGGUGACACGUUCCCUGUCGGUUGUGCCUGGGGUGAUUCAAUCGUGUACAGAGCAACGAGUUUCGACAAUAAUCCCGACGGCAAAGAUUCUCGUUACAAUACGAAAUACGGUAUGUACAAACCCAAAUGCGGAAUAUCUAAUUUAAUGAUGUCGUGGGGCCAUGACGAGUACUUGUAUCGAUUACUUGUACAUAACAAGAGUAAAUUACCGAAAAAGGCUUUGGCUAUGAUUCGUUAUCAUUCCUUUUAUCCUUGGCACGCCGGCGGUGACUACAUGUACUUCUGUACUCCGGAAGAUAUUCAGAUGUUAGAAUGGGUUGUGGAAUUUAAUGUCCAACAACCUCCAGAUAGUCGGACUCACGCCGAAGGUCGCGAAGGUCUCAAGUACAACGAGAUGCAGAUGCUAAUGAGAUGCAAUGUAACAGAUGCUGGGGUGCUUGCUACCAUGAGGAUUAAAGUUCAUGGAAAUUGGCACAACAAAGUUCAUGAAACAGAGAUUCGUAGGAUCUUAAUUCGUUGCGGAGAAAUUCAGAGUUUGUAGGACUAAAAAUUUGUGGAAUUAAUUCGUAGGAUUCACAUCUAAGUUCCAGUUUGAGUUAAGUAAUGAGUAAUGAGAAAAAUUAAACUACUACUAUAGGCAAUGUUCAUUUUCAUAAUUCGUAAUAUGGAAUUACUUUUCAAAUUUUUAAAUCAUGCGAAAAGAUAUAGGUAGAGAA